AUGCCGAACUCGCGGCCGCCGGAACCGAGCCGGCCUCCUCCUCCCGCGCGCCCUCCACCCGCCCCUCAAUAUCAUCCACCGCCGCAGCAGACUACCGCUACUUCUGGAGGUUUAUUUUCUUCCAUCAAGGGAGGCGCCGGAAGCUUCCUGAAAAAUUUAAAAGACACUUCAUCGAAAGUCAUGCAGACUGUUCAACAGUCUAUUGCGAGGACAGAUUUGGAUAUAUCGUAUAUAACUAGUCGUAUUAUUGUAAUGCCAUAUCCCUCUGAGGGCUUAGAGAGUGCCUACAAGACUAAUCAUAUUGAUGACGUGAAGGCUUAUUUAGAGAGUCGUCACCCGGGCGGUAAGUAUUGCGUGUAUAACGCUUGUCGCGGGUCACGCCUACAUUUUCCACGUCACGUGCUCGUCACGGACGCGUGUCGCACGCUGUGGCCGACGCCCGCCCACAGGGCACCGUUACUGGCCCCCUUUUACGCUCUACUGCAACAUAUGUACCAGUACCUUGGGAAGGAUGAGAAGAGUGCUGUUGUUAUUACGUGCCAGGAUGGCAAGGAUAUGUCUUGCGUAUUACUAUGCGGUUUGCUUUUGUACGCAAAAUUGGUGACCGUACCCGAAGAUGCUCUACAGAUAUUCGCUGUGAAACGGUCACCCAUUCACAUUUCGCCAGGACAACUUAGAUAUUUGUAUUACCUCUCUAAUAUUAUUAGGCAAAAUCCCAAACUUCCACAUUUCAGACCAGUGACUUUAGUUUCAUUGACCAUCCAACCAGUUCCUCUAUUCACCAAAGCGAGAGAUGGCUGUAGACCAUAUGUGGAAAUAUAUAAUGAGGAUAGAUUAGUACUGUCGACGCUGCAAGAUUAUGACAGAUUGCAUAUGUACACAAUUGCCGAAGGGAAGGUAUCGUUGCCGUUGGACACGACUAUUGCGGGCGACGUGUGUGUGUGCGUGUAUCACGCGCGGCAACACCUCGGCCGCACUCACGCUGUGCCGCUGCUCUCCCUGCACUUCCACACCGGAUUCCUGCCACCUGACCACCACGCCAUCAAAUUCCACAGGUCAGAAAUAGACGGCAUAAAUGAAACGCAACCGGUGAACGACCAUUUCUCAGCUAACACAACAGCCGUCAUCAGUUUGGUUGUACAGAACGGUGAGAGACGCAAACCCCGCAGCGAUCUUUGGGAAGAUGACCAUUCGUACCCAGUGCGCACUCCAGACGUACUGUUUUCCACCGACCUGGAGAAAUAUGAGACCAUAGACAACUUUGUGACGGUAGACAACCACGUCCCUCAAGAAGUGGAAAAACAGCCGCCCAGUCGGCCUCCGCCCCCUAGACCGGAAGCCCCGGCCCCUACAGCGGACUUCCUCAAUCUGGCCAACCAGAAGGAAAACGCAGACAAAGUCGAAGGAAAGAAACUCAAGAGCGAAGACUCUUUCGAUUUCUUCGGCAUGAUGGAGAAAAAGACUGAAGAAUUUGGCGACUUUUUAAGCGGAAAAAGCGCUAAUGAUGCACAGCAGCCGUUCUCUUCUGAAUCAAUAUUUGGAGAACUAGCGCCGCCUCCGACGGAGCCUUCUGAUAAACCAGUGGUCGGGUCCAGCGAUUUCAAUUUCGAUCCGUUCGGUCUGAACGAUCCACUACCCAAACAAGAUACUGUACUCACACCGCAGCUUAUCAAAGACGAUGGACGACCACAAAGCGUUCCUUUGGAGCAAGCGCAACCAACGAGAAAAGAUCCAUUCGACGACCUCGGUUUGCUCGGGGCUAACAUACCCGCGUCUGGGUCUAACGCACCCCAAGCCCAGGGGUCUGUACCCGUGGGGUCGAUGCCGCCUCCGAGUUCUGUGCCUGUGGGGUCGAUACCCCCCGGGUCGUUAGGAACGACCCCGUUAGUGACUCCCCGCGCAUCGCCAGCACACACUCCUGCCCAUCAAACCCAUACCCCGGCUAGAUCGCCCGCACACCAACCUGAUUACAAUCGCGCUCACUUCGAGCCAGCAAAAACGCCGGCCGAAGAAAAGCCGAAAAAGUCGACAGACGUAUUUGGCGACUUGUUAGGCAGCCAGGGUUACGACUUCGCAUCCAAACGAGACACCGGCAUCAAGACAUUGAAUGCCAUGCGUAAGGAAGAGAUGGCGAGAGACAUGGACCCGGAGAAACUGAAGAUACAUGAAUGGACGGAGGGCAAGAAGGCGAACAUUCGCGCGUUGUUAUGUUCCCUACACACUGUGGUGUGGGACGAGUGCCGUUGGACACGAUGUGACAUGUCGCAACUGGUCACACCGGCUGAUGUGAAACGGAACUACCGCAAGGCUUGUCUCGCGUGCCAUCCAGACAAGCAAAUGGGAACACCGAACGAGAACUUAGCAAAAAUGAUAUUUAUGGAACUGAACAACGCCUGGAGCGACUUUGAGAACGACGCUAAACAACAAAACUUGUUUCAAUAA